AUGGCCGUGGUUGAGCUCGUCUUUUCCUGGUGGGCCUUGGCAGCUGCUGCAGGCGUCUUGAUAGCCUCCUACCUCUACAGCUACGCCGUUACGUACAAGGAGCUCAGCGACAUUCCCGCACCAUGGCCAGCGCAAUUUUCCAAUCUAUGGCUGAUGAGUGUUGUUCGGCGCGGCAAUCGCUACGAGGUCAUGGAUGAGAUGCAUCGCAAAUUGGGACCGCUCGUUCGGAUCCAGCCCAACCACGUGAGCGUGGCCGACGAGACGGCAAUUGCCAGCAUCUAUGGCCACGGCAAUGGAUUUCUAAAGUCUGACUUUUAUGAUGCAUUUGUAUCUAUCCGCCGCGGUCUGUUCAACACGCGCGAUAGGGCAGAACACUCUCGCAAGAGAAAACUUAUAUCGCACACUUUUUCUCCCAAGUCUGUCGGUCAAUUUGAGCCCUACAUCAAAAGCUGUCUAGAGCUCUUUGUCCAGCAAUUUGACAGAUUAAUUGACGAAAGCGACAAGUGUGACGAAAACGGCAAAAAAGAAGCUCACCUCGAUUGCCUACCCUGGUUCAACUACCUCGCUUUCGACAUUAUCGGAGAUCUUGCCUUUGGAGCUCCAUUCGGCAUGUUGGCGAGUGGUAUUGACUUGACAGAAGUCCGGGAAUCCCCCACAAGCCCUCCCAUCUACGCUUCCGCCAUUGAAAUCCUGAACCGGCGAGGCGAGGUCAGUGCCACGCUGGGCUGCUUCCCGCGGCUGAAGCCGUACGCGCGCUGGCUGCCCGAUCCCUUCUUCAGCAACGGACUGGCGGCGGUGCAGAAUCUGGCCGGCAUCGCCAUUGCCAGAGUCAAGAGCCGAAUCGAGAACCCGCCCGACGUGGACCGCAAAGAUCUCCUCGCCCGUCUUCAAGAAGGGCGAGACGACAAGGGCGAGCCGCUCGGCCGCGAAGAGCUCACCGCAGAGGCGCUGACGCAGCUGAUUGCGGGCAGCGACACGACGUCAAACUCUUCGUGCGCGCUGCUCAACUACCUCUGCCGCAACCCGCGUGUCUUCACAAAGCUCCAGGCGGAGCUGGACGCCGUCAUUCCCGAGGACACGCCCGUCCCCUCACACGACAUGGUGCGAGACUUGCCGUACCUGAACAGUGUGCUCAACGAGACUCUGCGCCAUCAUUCCACCUCGGGCAUCGGCCUGCCGCGUCAAAUUCCGCCCGGCUCUCCCGGCGUCACGAUUCGCGGACACUAUUUCCCGGCGGGCACCGUCUUGAGCGUGCCGACCUACACCAUGCACCACUCCAAGGACAUUUGGGGCCCGGAUGCAGAGGAAUUCCGCCCUGAACGAUGGGAAACGCUGACGCAGAGACAAAAGUCUGCCUUUAUCCCGUUUAGUCACGGGCCGCGCGCGUGCGUGGGUAGAAACGUGGCGGAAAUGGAAAUGAAGCUCAUUGCCGCGACGUGGGUACGGCGCUACUCGGCAAAGAUUAGACAGGGGCCGAUGGAAACCAGAGAAGGAUUUUUGAGGAAGCCGCUGGGAUUGGAGAUUGCACUGGCUAGGCGAUGA